AUGGCGGACGAAGUGGAAGAUUGUGAGCAGUUCCUGUGCCUCUUUGCUCAAGAACAUGUCGAUUUUAGGAUUUCUGUGAGUACAGAGAUUAAUCGAAAAUUAUAAUUAAUGUAAAAAGGUACAAAUUUCCCUACGAUCUACUGUUUAGAUAGUAGAACGUUAACUGAUUACCGCAAAUUCUUCUAAUACGGUCAUUUGUGUGCGUUUUGUUCAAUCUGUUUCAGGAGUUAUUGUCUAUUUCAUCAAUGUUUGGUUUCAAUGUACGAUUUCAAAGCAAGGAUCAUAGAAAAGAGGUAAAAAUAACACUUAUUCUUCUACUUUUGUGUACAAGGAAAGUCGAGUAUAUUAAAUUUUAUCACAUUUCUGAAAUCCUUCAAUUUUGCUCAGAACCCACACUUGUUGAUAUGCUUACCAAAUCAAGAAUGUGCAAGACAUUUGCUGUCCAGAGCUGUUACCAUAAAGUAAGACAUCAUUAUGCAUGCAGCUUUUCAAAAGUUAAAUUGCCGUUUAUAUUAGAUGUAGUCGCAAUGAGAGGAUAACCACUGCAGGACAAGUAGCUUUUUUCUUACAGUGAUUAUUUUUUGCAUUGCAUAGAUCUGUCUAUGAAUUGUGGGGACAUGGAAAUAAUUUAACAGAGGUCAAAAACAGUGUUCUCCAGUAUCCAGCUCAUAAAAUGGUAUGCUGCUAAUAGACAACUGCUACUCACAAAAUUUUUCUAAGUGUCGAAACGGCAUCAACUCUGCUCUAUGCCCAAGAAACCACAACCGUUCAGCGGUGAAGCCCAUUUCUUCCUGAUAGCUUGGUUAUUCUAAUUGAAGAUAGAAUGCUUUCAAAUGAUUAGGAAAGGGGAUUUUGCAAAAAUUCUAGAAAACUUUCUGACUGCCGGGCAUUUUUUUAAGACCACUCACAGCUGCCGGGCAUAUAGUCACAGCAUAUAAUUUAUUUUACAAUAACUGAGUGAAUCCUCGUCCACUGAUUGGUCGAGAAUUAUGGUCUAUGAGAUUAUAGACCGUGGAAAUGAUGUAACAUGUGAAGCAGUGCCGAUUGUUUUCGUAAAAAAAUAAAUGUUAUUGUAAAAAACAAAUCAACCACAAUUUUCCAUGGUCUAUGCUCUUAUAAACCAUAGAAAUGACGCCAUAAAAUGUUCAAAACUUUGCAGUAAAACCACUGGCCCGUGGCUCAUGGUUCCACGUGAGUUUUGAAGAUUUUAUGAUGUCAUUUCUAUGGUCUAUGAGAGGGUAGACCAUGGAAAAUUGUGGUCGAUUUGUUAAAUAGAAUAAAAGUACAUUUGCAAUAAAAGUCCACAAGUAUAAAAGUACGAAGCUAGUAUAUGAACAGUCCGUAAUUUCAUCUUAAUUAUUAUCAUGAAAAUUGAUUACUCUGUUUCUUCUAUUUUAAACUCAGAAACCUUUCUCCUCUAGCAAUUCCACAUUUAAAAUCAGCAUUGAAACCUUCAAUAAAAAGCUUUCUGUUAGUCAACAGAGAGAGCUUAUUGAUGUAAGUAUUGGGUGGCCAGUAAAUCAUUUUUGAAAAAAAUAUAAAGUAAUAUGUGAUGUUAAUAAUCAUUAUAUUGCCUUAUAAAACAUGUCAGGUUAAUUAUAGUCGUGAAUAAUGUAGUAGUGAUUUUUCUUGUUGGAUCUGUUUAAACAUUCUAGCCUUCCCUGAUAAAGGUUAAUAAAUAAUACUGUAGGGGCCAUCUCUCAUUGCUUCUCCAAUCUGACUCUUGUGGGAAGUAACAGAACUACUUCUGUACAUGUACUUGGGACAUGACAUUCUCUGGUACUAGUCACCGCCCCUAGUGUCUACCUGUCAUGUUUUGAGGGGAUGGGUAGGGACACAGCCUCACAUCAAUCUUAUGAGUCCUGUUUUGUGCCAAUAAUACCUUCCCGGAAGAUCUGUGCCUAGUAGAGCAGAUAAUCAUGCUUAGUAAAUUAGUCAGGUGGUGGUGUACCUUAAUCAUUUUCCAGAGGAUCUCAGUUACAGUAGGUUUUUCGGAAUCCAGGAUUUGCCUUACUGAAGAAUAGGAGUGAGGGAAAGAUUUAGGAUUGAAAGUAUCCAUAGGAUGAGGCUUGUGGAAAAUAACCAUUGGGAUUACAAGAUUGAGGGAAAAUUUGGGUUCAGGAUGACUGAAUUGAAGGAUGCUAUCUGGGACCCCCACUCCAGCUAGGGUAGAAACUCUGACUACUGAAAAUAUAACAAUAUUAAAGCAGGUUGAUAUAGAUUAUGAAGUAGCAUUAUGUUUACACAUUUUUGUGCCAUCCAAUCCCCAGCAAUUUGAAUUUCUUCCAUUUGAAGGCUGUGUCAACCUGUCAGCUCCUGAUCAUGUGUUCUCGUUACUUGUGGACUAUGGAGAUGAUCCGAAUGCUGCCCCACCCAACCCUGAACGACUAUUUUUUGGACGCUUGGUAAGAUUGGAAUGCAGUGAAAUGUUACCACCAAUAUUUUUGGUUUUGCGUUUAAUUAACAGAAAAGUGGCAUUACUUAUAAUAAUGAACUGGUCUUUUUUGUUAGAUUGGACAUGGGCAACGUCACUUGUUAAAGCAGUAUUCUCUAAAGACGAGGCAUUUUAUUGGAAACACAUCCAUGGAUCCUCAACUUUCCUUCAUAAUGGCCAACCAAGGACAGGUACCAUCAUUAGAACUGACAAAUUUAAUUUUCUUUAAAAAAUACUUGGGUCAGUUUUCAUUCUGAAAACUAUUAUGGAUUAUAAACUGAAACAGCUGAAGCUCUUGUGAGCAGACACCCUCAGGUGUCCGUAACUGGAGCUAGCCACUUACGGGAAUGUUAAAAUGCAGCAUUUCUUUGUUUUUUUUUUUAAUUAAAAACAGGAUUUUAUGAAGACAGCUGUUAGUAGCACUGUCACCAAGUGUCUGUUUGGAGAGCUUCUACAGUAUUAACGUUUAGUAGAUGAGAAAUAUAUAGUUUAUAUAAACAGAUUUUUUUCAAUUUAAGGCAUUGCAAAUAUUACAAGCAAGGAAAAAAAUGUUUAAGCAGUGUGCAAAGAAAGUAGUGUCUGAUAGCCCAGGGCUAGUGGAUUUUGCUAUCGGGCUAGUGAAUAUUUCCGUUAUUAACUUGCCUGACGGGCAAGUGAAGUGUUUUGAGGAAUUUAAAUUACAGAAGAACUGUGAAAUCAAUCUGCUCAUCCAAACGUUUUUGGGGCUAGUUGAAAUGAUGUUUGGGCUAGUAUUAAGUAAAUGUUAGCUUCAGCUUGCCCGAAUGGCAAGCUGUAAAAAUGACUUUCUUUGCACCCUGUUAAGAAAACACUGCAGGCACCGUGAAAUAAUCAAAGUGAAUUUUAUUGUUUCUUUAUUUUUAAGGUUAGCCCAGGAAGUUUUGUUUUUGACCCAUUCGUUGGCACUGGUAAUUAAUUAUUCUUUAGUUAUUUAUUUCAAAAGCACGGAAACAACGUAAAAGGCAAUAAUUAUUUGUGUUUGCAAAAGUCCUGAAAUGUCAUCAUUGACAUUUCAGGACUUUCGCAAAAAAAUGAACCUGGGUGCUGCAAGAAGAACAUGAAGUGCAUGUCUAAAGUGUUUUUUUUCACCAGGAUCCCUUGUACAUCUGUACUCCUUGUUGUAUUAUCCAGCAAGACGACAGUUUCAUCGAGUUCAGAGCAAUGUAUCUCUGCAAAGAUAAAAGCCACAUGCCAAAAUUUAUUAAGACUAGUUUGGAGUAAUCUUAAAAAUGACAAGUAAAUCCUUUUUUGCACGAAGACAUUAUCGUUCCUCCAGCCGUAGUCACUUUGUAACAGAGCAUGUUAAUCAGUAACAAAGCCUGUAACUCUCCAAUGAAGUGCUUUUCAGACCAAUGUUGAUGGCAUUAAUGUUUGUUUUAGGUAGCAUUCUCUUGUCCUGCUCUCAUUUUGGGGGCUAUGUUAUGGGAAGUGACAUUGAUUACACACUACUUCAUGGCAGAGGUAUUUUUGAUAACUUUUACUAAAUAGGCUAUUUUAAGCAGUUUUUUUUUUACAAUUUUAGCAUUAAAUUAUCAUGAAAAAAAAUAUCCUUUCAAGCUUUAGAAUGCAAAAGAAAUGCAAAAACCGCUAAAUGGUGCGUAAAUGGGCAAACCUGCUGGUAAUUAUCCUGAAGAACAGGAUUUCUCAGCUGGCUAGCAAAACGAAGGCGCCGAGUGCGAUGGGGGACUAAAGCUUUUUCUUUUUUGCUGCUGCUUCCUUCAGUGCGCGUGUCUCACGCUCCACCCUCGCCUCAUGCGGUCUCUGCUCGCCUGAAAAACGCGAAAAAAUAACACCUAUUCUGCAAGCCAGGCAAAACCAACUCUUGUCGGAUCGUUCACGUUCAAAGAAACACACGGACCACCCAUCUAAAAGUCUGGAUUUAGAUUUGUAUUCUUUGGGAGUUUUGAUUUCUUAGAUUCAAACUCCAGUUUGGAUUUUGCUAAAGAAUCGCAAAAUUUGUUUUUAGAUUAGAGAAUCCAGGGUUUUGCACGCCCUAGUCAGUUUAUUCGUCUUUGUUGUUUUCAAGGUAGAAGUUCUCGAGCAAACAGACAAGGACAGUGGAGAGGUAUUGUAAUAAUCUCAUUAUCUUUUUUACAAAACACUUCACCUUUGUAUUUUAAAAAUGAAAUGCAAGUAGGUCUCUUUUUUGACAUGUUCAGUGUAUAAUCCUUGGUACGUGACACGCAUUUUCAACUAGCUUUAAACAAACUAGACUGAGAGAUUUUUCUCUUGUCGUCUUUAACCUUUGUUUUGGUUGUUGAAAAUGGCAAAAUCUAGUCACGGGUGCAACAGAGAAUACUAAUUCUGCCUAAUUUUACUCAGUGUACUUGCCUUACAUUUCCUCUUCACCCUUCAUUGCGCAUAAGGCCUCACUGGACUGCAUUGUAGAUAUUCUGCCUUACUAAAGGUAAUGUUGUUAAUUCCUUACUUUUCAAAGCUCGAGAUGAGAACUUCAAAGCUAACUUCACUCAGUAUGGUCUUGGCAGUUAUUUUGUGGACGUGCUGGUUGCAGACGCCGGGAGACUGGGAUUAAGAGAAGUUCCAUUAUUUGAUGCUAUAAUAACUGAUCGUGAGUAAAUUCGUCAAUUUCUGGCAGGUAACACCUGUAUUUUUUUAAAAAAGGGGUACACUGAAGACUUCUUUAAAUAAACGUUUUGAAUGCAAUCUGUUACGGACAUGUUAUCCGAGGGUCAUCUGGUGCGAAUAUUGAAUGUCGCCAGCAAUUUAUUUGAUCCUCUUCUACACUUUGACUACGCAAUCAUUGCUUUCCCAAGCUUUUUAUGUUGAGAUAAAUACUCGUUUCGAAUGUCUUCAAGGCUUCACUAGUUAACAUGGCCACGCACGUAAGAGUAAAUUUCAGGUGAAAUAACUUUGAGAGUCGUUUUUCCGGGCGAUCUUUGGUCAUUCUGGUAGCUGUACGGCAAAUUUGUAUUAUACAAAGAUGUUUUUAUCAUGUCUGGCUUGCAAUUGAUUGCAGUAACUAAACUGUACCCAGGUUUUUUAUUAACAUUAAUCAAUAUUUCAUUCAGUACAUCUUAUUCUUCAAAAUUGCAUUGAAUGAAUUUUUGACGAAACAUUCAGACAUGUACUAACCCUAACCCUAACCCUUCUUCCUUUACUUCUAUUUUGUAUCCUAGCGCCGUAUGGAAUCAGGGAAGGAGCCCGCAAAUUAGACGCCAACACAGAACUCCAGGAAUCUGCCAGUCAGUAGGUGCAAUUUGCUCAGUAACUGAUUGUAAACGCUGACUGUUUUUGUCUUUCCUGCCGAUUUGUCUCUCUAAGUCUAUGGGCUCUUUCCAUUCAACCCAAAAUUCCGGAAAUUUCGGCUGGUUCCGACCGGAAUAUUCGGGACCAGCUUUGAAGGUGGUCCACUUUGACCGGUCUGGACAUUUCGGUCGGACGGACCGAAAUGUCCCUUUUCAUUUGACAAAAUUGUUGUUCCCAUUACCGCUCUUUUGUGUUCUGCUUAAAAGAACAAUACCCAAACGCGCGGUGGCUUGGGUUGGGUCUGUGCAACCGGAAUAUAGGGUUCCAUUGGGCGUGAAAUUUCCGAAAUUUCAAACCGGGAUUUUUGUUGAAUUAAAAGCGCCCCAUGUCUACACUACAUCGGAUAACUUUUCGUACGAACAUGAAAGCCAUUCGCUACAGUAUGGACAGCAACGUUACAGAACUAGGAAGAAGUCGUUCACACACAUCGAACAUCGUACCGGAGUGCGGCCCGCGAGAGGGUUUGGUGAACUAAGUCCACACUUCUAAAUAAUUAUUUACUUCCAUCUCAGAGGUUCAGUUCCAGUCCUCUUUUCUUCUCAUUUUCUUCGGCUACGACCCGAUUACCUGUUCACACUCCAACGAAGAGUGGCAGAAACCUUUCAGACAUGUGACGAUCUCAUUCAAGAUUAGCGGGGCAGAUUCGCUCCGAUACUAGUCUGCUACACAGCCGUUUUUAGUAUCGUCACGCAACUCUCCUCCCCACCACGUUGCGUGACGACACUAAAAACGGCUGUGUAGCAGACUACUCCGUUACAGAAACCUCGCCGAAAUUGCGUUUCUUAUGUGUGAUCAGAAGCCCUAAAUGUAUGCCCGGGGGAGGUACUUUAGGAAUUUCUGGGUGGGGAUGUGCCGCUGGGACGCUGGAACCCUUAACCUAUACCAGAGCUAGUUCAGCUGAAUUUUGCUACCCUAUACUAGAGUAAACUCCCCAAAUCCCCCCUAUCCUAGAGUAGCUGUUUCCCUUGUCUAGAUAAAAUCUUCAACCAGCUGAUCAGUUUCCUGAAAAAUGAUACCCUAUUCUAGACCCAAACGCUCUGAUUUAUAUACCCUAUCCUAGAGUAAACUGCCUGAAAACCAUACCCUUCACAGCGGCACAUACCUAUACAGCCCAUAUAUGGCAGUACCCCCCCCCCCGGGAAUGUAUGUCAGCGCAAGAGUUAUCCGUUGUAGUGUCAACGUAGCCCGCUUAGAUCCUGGUAGAAGGUCGUUCCUACCAGAAUAUUUAGGGUCCAAAAUGUUUUAUUCUGCCAGCACGUAUUAACCAAAGUUUUUUUGCUUAUCUUUUAGAGAUGAAACACCAUUUUGUUCAGCUGUGCGAGGUUGCCGUCUAUCCGAGAUAGUCACCAUCUUAUUAGAAUUAGCAGCUCGAUACCUAGUGCUUCAUGGACGACUGGUAUAUUGGCUUCCAAUCUAUCGACCCGGGUCAGUAUAGAACUGAUCAGGAGCCCGCUCCUGAACAGAUCUAUUGACUAGUGUAAUGUGAAUAGCAGAAAAUCCUCAUCGCAUUUGUACGUUUAACUGUUUUAUUUACUUGUUUAUGUGAGUGGGUGUGCAUGCAUUUUUUUCUUACACAGCGCAUUUUUAUUAAUUGAGUAACCUGGGUGUGUAGAGAACCAGGUUUUCUUGUAUUUCGCAAAAUAACGAUAUGUUCGCCACGUUAUGAACGUGGAACACGGCUAACGGUCCGGAUUCUGUCCCAUGAUCUGCCAAACACAUUGGGCAGGCGCUCUAUUUACUGAGCUACUGGAGAUACCGGUCAGGAGAGUAACGCUUGGCAUACAUGUUCGAUAAGCGACAUAUACAUCCUAUAUUCUCCUGGAAUCAGCAAUGUUGAGACCGGGGAAGGUUAGUUAUAUGCCGCGGAUACAAAGAUGGCGCUAAGGUGAGCCGAGCACUUUCCAUCGAUGUGGCACUGGUUCAAAUCCCGGAAUAGACGCUACACUGUGGAUCCUCAAUAGGUUUUUCGGGAUGCAGGAUUUGCCUUAUUUGAAGGUCGCGAUUCGGGAUUUUAAAGCAAAAUAGAGUCGAGAAUCGAGAUUGACUGACUCUUUGCUCGGGAUGCCGAAAAUAACCAUCGCGAUUACGGGAUUAAGCAAAGAAUCUGGAUCGGAAUGACUAAUAAACGCCCGGGGCGUCUAUUUGAUUUUAGGGGUUCAAGCGGGGGCUUUUAAUAGAAAGAAGGCGUUUAAAAAAGAGAGACGCGUUUUUUCUCAUUACUGUAACAAGCUCAACCAAACUAAUAUGCUUCUGGCAAAGAUAUCAAGAGAAUUUAUAAAAUAGCGGAAUACACCCCAUCGAUUGACAUGUCCAGGCCGUGUAGAGAUCCAUAUCGCUUCUCCAAAUCCCAACAUUGUUGUCAGAAUCCUUGCUCAAGGUUAUUGUGUUUCCAUCAUUAGUCUGUCCUGACUUUGAACUUGAAAUUGAACAAGAUGAAAUACGCAAAGCCUUGUUAAUCCACAGGCAGCCCAAGCGCACUAUUUGUGGGUUCGGGCUUCAGAGGUCAUUUGGUCGGUAUAUACUAGAAUUAUUAGUGUAUUAUCUGAUGCCAAAUAAAUGCAAAAAGUCUUAAAGAUAUGAAGUCUUCUUGUUUGUCUAUCUGUACUAGUAGCCUUUAAGAAAACGAAAAAUCGAUAUUUCUUGCAUUAUUACAUGUGAUUCGGGCCCUUAUUGUUCGAAUUUUAUCAGAUGUAUUCGAAUCUACGACGCUAAGAAAAAAAAAUCAUGAUAACGCGAAAUAUUGAUUCAAAAAGCUUACCUUUAGUUCAUAGCCACUCUGUGUCCUACGGACAGUUUAAACGCCGUUUAGUCGACUUUCUUUCCAUCGAAUACUGAACACUGAAUACUAGUGAAUUGAAUGAUUUGGCUCUUUUUUGCUAAUUCCUAGUAUUUUGGAGCUGUUCUCCACAGGAAGCGUCUAUUAGACGGGAGACGUUUAUUAGAGAGGGGCGUCUAAUACAAUUUUAACAGCUAAGAGCGGGCGUUUAUUAGGUAAGAGCCGUUUAUUUGGGAGUGGGCGUGGUCAUUUACGGUACCCCAUAAGCGGGCACCCGGCUCCAUACGUGGGUAGAGUUUGUUGCUGUCUAUCCUCCUUAUUAUGGUCAUUCACACAAAGCUUGUUGUUGUUGUUCCUCGCUCCUAGACCGACAUUUCGAAAUGGCUGUUUGAUCCGACACUGAUGGAAUACCCGAAAAUAUUAAACCUGAGUUUUAUUGUUGUCGUUUACAGAUACUCAGAAGAGCUUAUUCCAAGUCAUCCCUGCCUGAAACUUGUGUCGAACAGUGAACAGUGUUUGUCACGACACGUGUCUCGGCGUUUAAUCACCAUGGAAAAAGUCAAAGAAAACAAGGUAAAGUACAAGUAACUCACUGCCCAUUCCACCCACGGACCUAUACUUCUAGGUUUAAGGAGGUUUACGUAACAACGCGGUCAACCCUCGCAUCCAUUCUUCUCGUUAAAGUAUCGACCGCCCGGCCUGUCAUUUGACUUUAGCUUCAUCUGGCAACGUUAAAAAAGUUCCUUAAUAACCUCUGGGUCUAUUAUAAUAGUGACUCGGUCCUAAAUUGAAUUGUUAGCUAGUUGUUGGAACUACAAUAUGUAUCCAGAUGACUACUGUUACUCUGCUGAUUUUUUUGACUCUGAAAUUCGUUCUUUUCUUGAAAAGUAAGAUAAAAUUCUGUCAUGUGCUUUAGUUUUGAAAAAUUUCGAAAAAGAGAGGAGAUACUUUCAAACUUACUUUUUCGUUAAACUGUUCUAAAACAGAAACAAGCGUUCCCUUGAUCGAAAUCCAACCACUUCUGACUUUUGCAUACAACACGUGACACACCUGGGGUGUUCCCUUUCUUUGUUGUUUUGCAGUUAGAGGAUCCGCUUCUGUCUGUGGUGCAACAAAAGUUUCUUGAUUCCUGCGAUAAUUUCAGGGACAAUUACUUCAGUCAGUCCACGUGA